UGUGGACAGAGCGACGGAGUUUCUCUCAACCCAGAUGUGUAAUAGGCGCGCGUUUUCCAGAGGCUCGGUUAUAAAGCGUCCGUUAUUUACCCGACUACUUUCAACUGUUCUCCUUUUCGGUAAGGAACUGCUCAUCGAGCCUCACGCGCACGGCAGGCAGGAAGACAAUCAAAUCAAGGACUGAUCCUUUAUGAUUGCUUUGAAUCGAAUUUUCAUCUUUCAGUUAACUAUGAGAUUGCUUCAACCCUGCUCUCAGGAUUAAUUCCUAUGUAAUCGUUAUUUGUUUCCCCCUCUCGUCCAAUAUCUGUCUCCAAGUGUAGGCUAAGCUUGUUCUGUGGUCAUGGGGUGUAUACUUUCAUUUUUGCCUAGGCUGUUGAGGGUCUUGACCGUUGUGUAAAAGCGGUUACCGUGUGGAUGUAUGGUCUUCACAGACAAAGAGCCAGCGAAGGGAAACUAGUGGAAGUUUGAGACCAGGAAGAAUGCAGGCGACGUGUUGGUUUGCGGUGUUACUCCUGACGCCAGCGUUUUACUUGGUGAAAAGUGUUCAUGCUUCCAAGGCGGACCUCCUCAAGUCGGGCAGCCCCAAGUCGACGUUAAAACACAUAUGGACAGAAAGCAGCAAGGACCUGUCAAUCAGCAGGUUGUUGUCACAGACUCUCCAUGGCAAAGAGAACACCACGGCCCUGGACCUGCGCUACGACACCCCGGAGCCCUACUCCGAGCAGGACCUCUGGGACUGGCUGAGGAACUCUACCGACCUCCAGGAUUCUAGAGCAAGAGCUAAGCGGCGGCCUAUGGUCAAGACGGGCAAAUUCAAGAAGAUGUUCGGUUGGGGAGACUUCCACUCCAACAUUAAGACGGUCAAGCUCAACCUCCUCAUCACCGGGAAGAUCGUGGAUCACGGCAACGGAACCUUCAGCGUCUACUUCAGACACAACUCCACAGGCCAGGGCAACGUGUCUGUGAGUCUCGUCCCACCAACCAAGGUCGUGGAGUUCGACGUGGCGGCCCAGCAGUCCGUGAUUGACGCCAAGGACUCCAAGUCCUUCAACUGCCGCAUCGAGUACGAGAAGGUGGAGAAGGGUGCCAGGAACACGCUGUGUAACUUCGACCCUUCCAAGACGUGUUACCAGGAGCAGACUCAGAGCCACGUCUCCUGGCUCUGUUCCAAGCCCUUUAAAGUCAUCUGCAUCUACAUCUCCUUCUACAGCACUGACUACAAGCUGGUGCAGAAAGUCUGUCCGGACUACAACUACCACAGUGACACUCCCUACUUCCCCUCUGGCUGACCACUCCCACAACAACAAUCCCAAUGUGAAGGACCAGUAAGUUACAAAGCGGGGCUUGUUCUUCUUUUUCCCCGCCCAGAGAAAUAUAUGUUAGCUGUACUGUUCUGAAAAUAAAAGAAUGUGUAAAAUGAAUUGAUUAUCUAUUUAUGAAAUUAAGGCAAUAGAGAAAGUAAAGACUUAUGGGGUAUUAUUAUUUUGUCUUUCAAGUGUUGUGCAAAACCAUUAUUAUUAUAAAUAUAAUAAUUAUUAUAUUAAUAUUAUUAGUAUACAAAUACUAUGACUAAACAAUAAUAUUGAUUAUAAUUCAUUUGUUUUUAUAGAUUUCAUACCUUUUUUCAUCAGUGAUUUCAUAGAUGCAUCAUGUGUACAUAUUUGGGGUUGAUAGUUCCAUGUGUAACUAAGUAAAAUCAGAAUUUCAAAUAAGUCUUAUUAGUUUGUAACAACUUGUUAAUGUUAUCAAUAUGUUAUAUUCAUUUUCUUGGUCCAGUUUGAUUCUUGGUGCUUUAAUUUUCUCCUUUUAGUAUUUCUUACUUUGCUCCUUAGGGCCACCAUACUUUCUGUAUGAAAGUUCAUUUCUGUGAGCUACCAAUUGGAUGGCAGCAUACAUGAUUCUAUGUUUUGUUUGCACCUGCAAUACUCUUCAUUCAUAGCAGCUCAAUUCCGCUCUCUCAGAAAUAACAGUCCAGACUCCUACCCUUGAAGGUCUACAAGAUCCCCACACAUUUCCAAAUCCUUUGACCCCACAGUCGAGAGAGCUGAGGAAGAGGAGAGUGUCAGUGUGCAAUCCAAGUAGGUGGUCUUACCACUGACAGUAGGUGGUCUUAGCACUGACAGUAGGUGGUCUUACCACUGACAGUAGGUGGUCUUACCACUGACAGUAGGUGGUCUUAGCACUGACAGUAGGUGGUCUUACCACUGACAGUAGGUGGUCUUACCACUGACAGUAGGUGGUCUUACCACUGACAGUAGGUGGUCUUACCACUGACAGUAGGUGGUCUUACCACUGACAGGAUUCUCCCGCAGGCAUGUUUUAUAAAAAAUAAACGCAUUUUACAUGUUCAGGAAUGAUGCUGUUCAAUCUUCAGCUUGUCCCUGUAUAAGUCCUGGCUCAGAUUAUUAUUAGCAAAUCACAGCCUUAUUAGGUUUAUUGUUAAUAUUCAGUUGUGAUUGAUUGGGGGGCUUUGCUCAUUGUCAUUGACUUAAUAAAAAUUGUAAUGUAAUGAAUUCUAUAUCUUAGAGAGCCUAAUUUGUAUGAAUGGUUUGUAUUGUCCAUAGUUUAUUCUGAAUUGAGCUGCGUCUGUAUAUGCCCACAUAAAGCUGUCUACCCCUUCCCACAAUCUCUCUCUCUCUCUCUCUCUCUCUCUCUCUCUCUCUCUCUCUCUCUCUCGUGAA